GCUCGUUCACAACAGACCCAUCACUACAUGCUAUGGUCCAAAGAUGUCUGCUACCAGGUACCGUCGGUUCUUGAAGCUGUGUGAGGAGUGGCCGCGGGAUGAGUACAAGAAAGGCCGUGAUUUGGGGACGUUCCUGCGGCAGAGAGUAGCGUCAGCCUUCCGUGAGGGCGAAAACACACAGAUCUCAGAUCCAGAAAAGUGCGACCAGAUGUAUGAAAGUUUGGCUCGCAUCAACGGCAACCUCUACAGACAACGGUUUCCUCGUGUAAGAGACACAAGCUUUACUGGAGUGACGGUGGAAGAGUGUAAAGUACUUUUGACAGGGAGUUUGCAACAGAUGGACGAGGAGAAAAAGGGUUUGUGGAAGACGUUAAUGGAGCGAUUCUCCAAAUCACCAGAAGACCCUCCUCCAGAGAAAGCUCCUGAAAAAUAACUCUCUCUCUGUCCUUUCCUAUCUUUUCUUUUCUCACUGUAUGUACAGAAAUAAAGCUUAUUGUUGGUAUCUUUA